AUGGGUCUUCAGCCAGACUCCGUAUAUGAGUCUGAUGCGGCUGACAACAAAGGGUAUAAAAUCAGCCACGGGGCAGCAGAAGGCUCCGGUUGGCGCCGAGCCUGGACGAGGACCGAGGAACUCAGAGACGGAGCGGCCCCAGUGCCUCCUGUUCUCCCUGCUGUCCUACCCCUCAGCCCAUGCUGGGACAUCAGCGUCAUCCUGGGAGCUCACAAUUACCGCAUCCCGGAGGCCUCCCAGCAGAUGUUUGCAGUUGAAAGCUACCGUCCGCACCCAGAAUACGACAGCAGAUAUGUGCCAUACAACGACAUCCUUCUCCUAAAGCUGAGCCACAAAGCCAAACUGAAUAAAUACGUCCAGGUGAUCCCCCUGCCCAAGACCAACAGCGACAUCCCCACGGACACCAAGUGCAUCGUGUCGGGAUGGGGCUACAUUGACCAAGAGGUAGCAACUUACAAGCUCUACGAGACCAACGCCACUGCCCUGAGCCUGAGGAAAUGUCUCCUGUUCUACCCAGAGCUCAGCGACAGCUACCACAAGCUCAGUGACGUCAACUACGGGGACUCCGGUGGCCCUUUGGUCUGCCACGGGGUGGCCCAGGGGGUCGUCUCCUACGGUUUCCAGUUCCCUCCCUCGGUGUACACUCGUGUCGCCCACUACCUGCCCUGGAUUCGAAAGACCAUGGGGCAGUGACCGGAGAAGAAGAUGCUACAACUUCUCCAGCAUCUGCAUGGCUUUUCUCUCCCCCGGGGCGUUCCCUGGAACUGUAGGGAUAACAACGCAGGGUCCACCAACUUCUCUUUUGGGCUGCCCCUUUCUCUACAUUUAAAUAUUAUCAUUAGGGGAUCUGAACUUUUCCCCCCCCC